AUGGAUUACAGCUCCCUCAGCGGGGUCCCGCGCUUCCUGACCCGGCCCAAGGCGUUCAUGGUGUCUGUAGGGAAAGAUGCCACCCUGAGCUGCCAGAUCAUUGGAAACCCCAUCCCUGUGGUGAGCUGGGAAAAGGAUAAACUUCCAGUCCAGUCUGGGGGAAGGUUUAAAACCACGGAGGAUGGGGAUCUGUAUCGCCUGACCAUCUACGACCUGAGCCUGGAGGACAGCGGCCAGUACAUCUGCCGGGCCAAGAACACCAUCGGGGAGGCUUUUGCUGCUGUCAGCAUCCAAGUGGGACAGGAGACCACCGUCACAGAGUCAGCUCCUUACUUCAUCCAGAAACCCACCAACAUCAAAGUAACCUUGGGAGAAGACGCCCUGUUCAAAUGCAAAGUCCAGGGCAGCCCUCCCCUCUCGGUGAACUGGGAGAAGGAUGGGAGAUACCUGCGGAACAAAGCAGACGCCGGACGCUUCCAGAUCGAGUCUGCCGGCGAGUCCAACGCCCUCACCAUCCAGUGUGCCCAGCUGGGGGACAGCGGCACCUACACGUGCCGGGCGGAGAACCUCAUCGGCUCCGCCAGCGCCUCGGCCGCGCUGCUGGUGGAAACGCACGGCUCCUCCAACCCGGGCAGCAGCAGCCUCGACAGCGGCUGCGGCAAGACGGCCUCCCUGCUGUCCCACCUGCAGAAGAGGCGGGAGGAGAUCAGGAAGAUGGACAUCUCCCAUGGCGCCCGCAACGCCACUUUCGGGGCCCUGACACGCACCUGCAGCGUGACGGAGGGCAAGCACGCCAAGCUGAGCUGCUACGUGACGGGCGAGCCCAAGCCCGUGAUCGUGUGGAAGAAGGACAACGAGGUCAUUGUGGAAGGUCGGCGGCACGUCAUCUACGAGGACGACCAGGAGAACUUUGUGCUGAAGAUCCUCUUCUGCAAGCAGACGGACAACGGGCUGUACACCUGCACGGCCUCCAACCUGGCGGGGCAGACCUACAGCUCCGUGCUCGUCACCGUCAAAGAACCCACCAUACCCUUCAAGGCAAAACUGAAGGAUCUUGAAGUGAGGGAGAAGGAAUCUGCCACCUUCCAGUGCGAGGUGCCCGUUCCUGGGACAGAGACAGCUUGGUUCAAGGAGGAGACCAAGCUCCAGCAGAGCAAGAAGUACAACAUCGAGGAGGAGGGCACCUACCGCCGGCUUACUGUGCAGAACGUCACCACGGACGACGAUGCUGUUUACAUCUGUGAGAUGAAGGAAGGCAGCAGGACCAUUGCAGAGCUGUCUGUCCAAGGGAACAUCAUUAAAAAACUUCCACGGAAAACUGCUGUCUUCAUCAACGACACAGCCACCUUCUGCGUGGAGCUGGACAGCGACUGCCAGAAUGUCCGGUGGCUGAAAAACAAGGAGGAGGUGAAGCCCAGCGACCGCGUCUCCAUCACGCGCUCUGGCAAACAGCACACCAUGACCAUCCGAGAGUGCAGGGUGGAAGAUGCUGGGGAGAUUGCCUUCCUGGCCGAUGAAAGCAGGACUUCUACCCAGUUCACUGUGACCACUCCCAAAAAACCUCCCACCCAACCCCCAGGUGACCCUGUGGUGAAAAAUAAAACAGAAACCUCAGUGACACUGGCAUGGUCCCCUCCGAGGAUGGACCGGCCCGUUCCCCUCGACGGAUACAUCGUGGAGCGCAAGAAACUCACCGGCUUCACCUGGGUGAGGUGCCACGAGUCCCACGUCCCCGGCCCCGAGCUCACCGUCAGCAACCUGUCAGAGGAGGCCGACUACCAGUUCAGAGUGUCUGCAGUCAAUGCCUACGGACAGAGCCCCUUCCUGGAAUUCCCUGGGAGCCUGCACCUCGAACCCAUCCUGGCUGUGAAAAACCCCCUGACAACAGCUGAAGUCGCACCUGGAGGGGAUGCCCUGUUCACUGUUGAUCUGACCAAGACGUGUUCUGGCACUUGGUACCUGAAUGGCAAAGUCUUACAGGAGAGUGAGACCUACAUCAUUAACAGAACCCAAACCACUCACACCCUGCUCAUAAAAAAUGUCACCAAGAAAGAUGAUGGGGCAGAAGUGAAAUUUGUUGCCAAUGACGUUGAGACCAGCACCAAGAUGAGAGUGAGAGCUGCAGUGAGAUUCACCAACAAGAGCAAAGACGUAGAAAAAGUCUCAGCUCGGCUGCGGGAGGAAGCCAAGCUCCAGGCUGAGCUUUCAGACACAGAGGCCACCGUGAAGUGGAUGAAAGAUGGGAAGGAGCUCAAGGCCAGUGAAAAAUACGAGUUCCAGACUGUGGGGAAGAGGCGCGUCCUGAAAAUCCGCAGCGCUGCCGAGGAGGACGCGGGAGUCUACGAGUGUGUCUGUGAGGGGGAUAAAAUGAUUUAUCAGCUCUCAGUGAAAGCACUUGCAAACUUUGUAAACAAAGAGAGAACUGGAGGAGUUGUCAAGGCCAUCGCUGGGAAACAGGCAGAGUUUGUGUCCGAGACCUCCGAGGCCAACAUCAUGGUGAAGUGGUACAAAGAUGGGAAGGAACUCACAGCCAGCAAGAAAUUCACCGUGGAAGACAAAGGAAAACUGCACAAGCUUGUGGCUUUGGCUGUGACAAAGGAAGAUGAGGGAACUUACACCUGCAAAAUCGGGGAUGACACCCUUACCUUUGAUUUAAAAGUCUCAGAUGAAGCUGUUACUUUUGUCAACAAGCCCAAAACGACUCCAGAAGUGUCAGUGAGUCCUUCUGAAAGCCUGGAGCUGGUGUGUGAGGUGUCAGCUGCGGGCGGGGCCGUGGUGUGGAGGAAGGAUCAGGCUGAGCUGAAGCAGGACCAGAGGACAACAAUUGUCAGCCAGGGGACACAACGCAAGCUCAUCAUCAAGAAGGUGACACAGCAAGACCAAGGAAGCUACACCUGUGAAACGAAGGACGACAAAGCAACAUUCCAAGUCAAAGUCAGAGCCGUGUGUGACUGUUGGGCUUUCCUUACAGAGACAGAGGUUGUGUUUACAAACAAGGAGAAGGUGCAGAAAGAGGUGAAGGCUGCACUGUCACAAAAUGCCACGCUGAGCUGCGAGGUGGCCCAGGAGAAAACAGAGGUGAAGUGGUACAAGGAUGGGAAACUCAUCACCUCCAGCAAGAAGUUCAAGGUGGAGUCGCAGGGCAAAUCGCGUCGCCUGGUGGUGGGUGAGGUGGAGAAGAAGGAUGCAGGGGAGUACACCUGUGAGGCUGCUGGCCAAAAACUCACCUUCAGGAUGGUCGUUACAGAAGCAGAGGAUGCAUUUGUCAACAAGGAGAAGGUGCAGAAAGAGGUGAAGGCUGCACUGUCAGAAAAUGCCACGCUGAGCUGUGAGGUGGCCCAGGAGAAAACAGAGGUGAAGUGGUACAAGGAUGGGAAACUCAUCACCUCCAGCAAGAAGUUCAAGGUGGAGUCCCAGGGCAGAUCUCGUCGCCUGGUGGUGGGUGAGGUGGAGAAGAAGGAUGCAGGGGAGUACACCUGUGAGGCUGCUGGCCAAAAACUCACCUUCAGGAUCGAUGUCACAGAGGCAGAAGAUGCCUUUGUCCACAAAGAGAAGGUGCAGAAAGAGGUGAAGGCUGCACUGUCCCAAAAUGCCACGCUGAGCUGCGAGGUGGCCCAGGAGAAAACAGAGGUGAAGUGGUACAAGGAUGGGAAACUCAUCACCUCCAGCAAGAAGUUCAAGGUGGAGUCGCAGGGCAAAUCGCGUCGCCUGGUGGUGGGUGAGGUGGAGAAGAAGGAUGCAGGGGAGUACACCUGUGAGGCUGCUGGCCAAAAACUCACCUUCAGGAUCGACGUCCCAGAGCCAGAGGUUGUGUUUACCAACAAGGAGAAGGUGCAGAAAGAGGUGAAGGCUGCACUGUCAGAAAAUGCCACACUGAGCUGCGAGGUGGCCCAGGAGAAAACAGAGGUGAAGUGGUACAAGGAUGGGAAACUCAUCACCUCCAGCAAGAAGUUCAAGGUGGAGUCGCAGGGCAAAUGCCGUCGCCUGGUGGUGGGUGAGGUGGAGAAGAAGGAUGCAGGGGAGUACACCUGUGAGGCUGCUGGCCAAAAACUCACCUUCAGGAUCGAUGUCACAGAGCCAGAGGUUGUGUUUACAAACAAGGAGAAGGUGCAGAAAGAGGUGAAGGCUGCACUGUCACAAAAUGCCACGCUGAGCUGCGAGGUGGCCCAGGAGAAAACAGAGGUGAAGUGGUACAAGGAUGGGAAACUCAUCACCUCCAGCAAGAAGUUCAAGGUGGAGUCGCAGGGCAAAUCGCGUCGCCUGGUGGUGGGUGAGGUGGAGAAGAAGGAUGCAGGGGAGUACACCUGUGAGGCUGCUGGCCAAAAACUCACCUUCAGGAUCGAUGUCACAGAGCCAGAAGUUGUGUUUACAAACAAGGAGAAGGUGCAGAAAGAGGUGAAGGCUGCACUGUCACAAAAUGCCACGCUGAGCUGCGAGGUGGCCCAGGAGAAAACGGAGGUGAAGUGGUACAAGGAUGGGAAACUCAUCACCUCCAGCAAGAAGUUCAAGGUGGAGUCGCAGGGCAAAUGCCGUCGCCUGGUGGUGGGUGAGGUGGAGAAGAAGGAUGCAGGGGAGUACACCUGUGAGGCUGCUGGCCAAAAACUCACCUUCAGGAUCGAUGUCACAGAGCCAGAGGUUGUGUUUACCAACAAGGAGAAGGUGCAGAAAGAGGUGAAGGCUGCACUGUCACAAAAUGCCACGCUGAGCUGCGAGGUGGCCCAGGAGAAAACAGAGGUGAAGUGGUACAAGGAUGGGAAACUCAUCACCUCCAGCAAGAAGUUCAAGGUGGAGUCGCAGGGCAAAUCGCGUCGCCUGGUGGUGGGUGAGGUGGAGAAGAAGGAUGCAGGGGAGUACACCUGUGAGGCUGCUGGCCAAAAACUCACCUUCAGGAUCGAUGUCACAGAGCCCAAACCUGCAUUUAUAAACCAGGAAAAGGUCCAGAAGGAGGUGAAGGCUGUCCUGACAGAAAGUGCCACCCUCAUGUGUGAGGUAGCACAGGAUGCAACUGAAGUGAAGUGGUACAAGGAUGGAAAACUGCUCGUUUCCUCUCGGAAAUUCAAGAUAGAGACCGUGGGCAAAUCCCGGCGCCUGGUGGUAGAGCAGCUGGAGAAGAAGGAUGCUGGGGAAUACAUCUGUGAGGCUGCAGGCCAGAAGCUGACCUUCAAACUGGAACCAACUGAACCAGAGGCCAAAUUUGAAAAUAAAGUUGUCCAGAAAGAGCCUCUCAUUGUUCAAGAACACGAAAGCAUCACACUGACAACCUCAGUCACUCCUGAAACCGCUGCAGUGAGGUGGUUCAAGGAUGGCACAGAGAUCAAAGCCAGCAAGAAGUGUGUGAUCAGGAGCGAGGGGGCCACCAGGACACUGACGGUGAACGCGGCCGAGAGCACAGACUCUGCCCUCUACACCUGCCAGACAAAGGAUGACAAGCAGGAAUUCAGAGUCCAGGUGAAAGAAAUCCCAGUGAAGUUUGCCAAGAAGCUGGAGGCUGUGAAAGCCGAGAUUGGUGGCAGCGUGUCCCUGAGCUGUGAGCUGAGCCACGCCAAAGGGAAGGUGACGUGGAGCAGGAAUGGUGUGGAGAUCAAGCCCAGCAAACGUUUCCAGAUCCGUGAGGAGGGAAUCAAACGAACCCUGACCAUAACGGGGAUCCGGGCUGAGGACGAGGGAGAAUAUUCCUGCGAGUCCAGGGAUGACAAGAGCAGCGUCACCAUCGUCCCCAAACCUCCCAGAGUGGUGAAAUUCGUCACAAGUCUCAACAGUGUAGUGUCUGAGGAAGGAAAAGAGGCCGUGUUCAAGUGCACCAUCUCCCCCAGUGAUGCUGUGGUCACCUGGCUCAGGAAUGGUGCCAAGAUUGAAGCCAGCAAGAAAUAUGUGAUCUCUCAGAAGGACACCAACCACAGCCUCACCAUCACUGACCUCACACUGGAAGACGCAGCUGAAAUCACUGCCAGUGCUGAGGGUGUGGAAAGCACAGGCAGCCUCAGAGUCCGAGAGGCCUCGAUCUCCUUCAAGAAGAAGCUGGAGCCCAAAACAGUUGAAGAGAGGGAGACAGUGACCUUGGAGGUGGAGCUGACCAAGCCUGCAGAGGUGAAGUGGAUGAGGAACAGCAUCGUGCUGAAGCCCAGUGACAAAGUGGAGAUCAAAGCUGAGGGGACAAAGCACACCUUGGUGGUCAAGGACAUCUCCUUCGCAGACCGGGGCUUCUACUGCUGCGAGAGCCCCGACGACAAGACCCAAGCCAAGAUCAAUGUGGAAAUGAGGCAGAUCAAGUUGGUGAAAGGCCUUCAGGCGCUGGAGGUGGCUGAGAAAGGGACUGUCACCUUCGAGGUGGAGGUGUCCCACGAGGACGUGGAGGGGACGUGGCAGAAGGACGGCGUUCGUCUGAAACCUGCCCCCAAUGUCAGCUUUGGUGUCCUGGGCAAGAAACACUCCCUGACCCUCUCCUCGGUGGCUCUGGAAGAUGCAGGGCUCAUCUCCUUCAAGGCAGAAGGCAUUAACUCGUCGGGGAGGCUCACUGUGACAGAAUUGCCUGUGAGGAUCAGCAAACCUUUGGCAGAUGUCAGUGUAACUCAGAAGCUCAAGGCCACGUUCGAGUGUGAGCUGUCCAAACCCAAUGCCAAUGUGAAGUGGUUCAAGGAUGGGAAGGAGAUCCGGCAAAGUAAAAACAUUGGGAUUAUCUCCCAAGGAAAUAAGAGAAGCCUCAUUAUUCACAAGUGUGAAUAUGAAGACCAGGGAACCUAUACAUGCCAAGCAGCUGAAGACAAGACAUCAGCUACUCUAAAGGUUCAUGGAAAGACCUAUUCCCUGACUUACACACGUGUCCACGUCGAGGAUGCGGCCGAGAUCAAAUUCGUAGCAGAAAAGGCAGAAUCUCGUGCUCAGCUGACUGUAAAAGAGCUGCCCGUAAAAAUCGUGAAGCCCCUGCGGGAUAAGAUCGCGCUGUGGAAGCACCGGGGGUUCCUGGAGUGCCAGGUGUCCCGGGCCAACGCCAAGGUCCGCUGGUUCAAAAAGGACCUGGAGAUCCACCCCGGCGACAAGUACGAGAUCGUCAGCGAGGGCGUCUAUCGGAAACUCAUCAUCAACGACGCCGACUACGAGGAUGAGGACACCUACACCUGUGAUGCCUUCGAUGACAGGACCAGCGCUAAUUUCUUUGUUGAAGAGCAAGCCAUUAAUAUUGUAAAAGAGUUGUGUGAUGAGGACGUGACUGAGCCCGAAGAAGCCAAUUUUGAAUGUGAGACAUCCAUUCCAUCUGUGAAACCUGCCAAGUGGUUCCUGAAGGGAGCAGCCUUGCAGGCUGGCAGGAACAUCAUCAUGCAGCAGGAAGGCACCAUCCACAGGCUGACAAUAAUAAAAACAAGUGUUGAUAUGACAGGCACCAUCCAGUUCUCCAUUGGCAAAUCCAAAUCCACGGCAAACCUGCUCGUCAGAGAUUACCACAUCCAGAUCACCAGGAAGCUGGAGGACAAGACCGUCCUGGAGCGACACUCGGUCAUCCUGUCCUGUGACUUCAGGCCUUCCCCAAAGCACGUGAGGUGGUUCAAGGGCCAAGUGCUCAUUGAGCCCUCGGAGAAGUACAAGAUCAAGAGGGAUCAGUACUCAGCAGAGCUCAAGAUCAUGAAGGUAAAGCCCGAGGAUGCCGGCGUGUACAAGUGCAAGGCUGGGAUCGCUGAGACCGAAGCCACGCUGAGCGUUGAAGCCCGCAAUGUGGAGGUCCUCAAGCACCUGCAGGACGUGGAGGUGGAGGAGGACAGCUCUGCUGUGUUCUCCUGCGAGCUGUCCCACGACGACGAGGACGUGGAGUGGCUCCUCAAUGGCACCCUCCUCUACACCAACAACUUCAACGACAUCAAGAGCGUUGGCAAGUGCUACACGCUGACCAUGAAGCAGGUGAAGCCUGAGGAUGCUGGCACGGUGACCAUGAAGUCAGACAAGGUGUCAGAGACCGUGCGGCUCAAGGUGAUAGAGAAACCUGCUGUCUUCAUGAAAUCCUUGGAUGACAUUUUCGGUGAGGAGCGAGGAGUGAUCAAACUGGAAUGUGAAGUGUCCAAAGAGAAGGUCAAACCUGUUUGGAAGAAGGAUGGAGUGAAGAUCACUUCUAGCAAGAAGUAUGAGGAGAUACAGACUGGGAAGACCCUGUGCCUCCUUAUCCAUGACCUUGAAAAGACAGAUGCAGGGUUAUACACCUGUGACAUCGGCACUGAUGUGGCCAAAUCAAAGGUCAGCGUUCAGGAACUGAACAUUGGCAUCACCAAACGGCUCAAGAACACUGAAAUCCAGGAGGGAGAAGAUUGCACUUUUGAGUGCAUUUUGUCCCAUGAAAGCAUUGACGACUUCAGCUGGACUCUGAAGGGGAGGAGAGUGGAAAGUGGGGGAAGAUUCAGAGCCUCCAACGCGGGUCGGAAAUACACACUGAGCAUCAAAAAUGUCAUUCCUGAUGACUCUGGGGAAGUCACCUUCACUGCCCGUGGUCUCACCUCCAAGGCUUCCCUGGUUGUGAAAGAAAAACCCACUGAGGUUACAAAACGGCUGGAGGAUAAAACAUCACCAGCAGGGCAGGACAUCAGCCUGAGCUGCGAAUUGUCCAAAGCUGAUGUGAACAUCAGGUGGUACAAGGAUGGCAAAGCCAUCCGGAAAAGCCAGAAAUACGACCUGCAGCAGGAGGGAACACGGGCCACGCUCAUCAUCCGUGACUCCACGGUCAAGGACAGUGGGGAGUACACCUGUGAGACAGAGACAUCCAAAACAACAGCCAGGAUCACUGUGCAAGAAAAGCCCAAUUACUUCGUGAAGGAGCUCUCAGACCUGAAAGCCGACGAGAGCGGAACCGCGGUUUUUGUGUGCCAGAGUGAGAGAGCUGCGUCCUCUGUGGUCUGGAGGAAAGGCAUUGCUGAGCUCAGGGCUGGCAGGAAGUACGAGAUGACACAGAAGGGACAAGUCCUCCAGCUGACCAUAAAGAACCUGGAGAAGAGUGACAGUGACACUUACAGCUGUGACAUUGGGGACGCCCAGUCCAGAGCCAAGCUGACCGUUCAAGGCCAGAAAGUGCUAAUAACAGAAGACCUGGAGGAUGUCACUGUGUUAGAAGGAGGAUCUGCCAUGUGCAAGUGCAGAAUCUCUCCCGUAGACUAUAGCAGAGUGCAGUGGUUUUUGGAUAAAACCCCACUCCAUACCAAUGAACUUAAUGAGAUCCAGUCCCAGCCUGGUGGAUAUCACCUGCUAACGCUGAAAAAGCUCUCACUGAAGGACUCGGGGGUCAUUACAUUUGAAGCUGGUGAUAAGAAAACAUCUGCCAGUUUGGUUGUUAAAGGUAAAUCCAUCAUCACAACUGCAGGAGAGGAAAUGAUGAAUGGUUUUUAUAUGAAUCUGGAGAAGCCCUGUGUCUUCCCAAAGGAGCUGGUUGUCACUGAAGUCACUGAGGCAGAGGAUGUGAGCCUUCAGUGUGACACCUCCAGAUCAGACAGCCCUGAGAAGUGCAAAGAUGGGAAGAGCCUUAGGAAUUCUUCCAAAUAUAACAUCAGGCAGUCAGGGUUUGAAGCCAAGCUUGUCAUUCACAGGGCAGAAGAAGGAGACAGUGACAGAUGUGAGUGUGAGGCUGGAGCAGCCCAAAGUAGUGCAGCUAUUGCUGUCAGGGAAACACCAGUGCUUUUCAAGCAAGAGCUCCAAAACGAAGAAGCCAAAGAAGGAAAGCAGGUCAGGCUGACCUGUGAGCUCAGCAAACCUGGCACCCCGGUGAAGUGGAUGAAGGGAGACACUGUUCUCUAUGCCAGUGAGAAAUAUGAGUUUAAGCAGCAUGGGACUGUGGCAGAGCUCAUAAUUAAAGAUGUGAAAUCCGUGGAUGCUGGGGACUACACCUGCAGUGCUGGGGAGCUGAAAACCACUGCUCAGGUCAAAGUGAAUGCUGUGCCUGUCCUUUUCAAACAAGCCCUGCAGAACACGGAUAUGGAAGAGGGGAAAUCCGUCUCCUUGCGCUGUGAACUCACAAAAGCUGAUGCCACCGUGGUGUGGAAGAAGGGAGAAGCCACGCUCCAGGCAAGUGCCAAAUAUGAAAUGAAGCAGAAGGGGACAGUGGCAGAGCUGGUGAUUCAUAAUGCAGAGCCAGAAGAUGCGGGAAGAUACACCUGUGACACUGGAGACCAGCAGACCACAGCCCAAGUGAAAAUCCAUGAAGAGCUGAAGCCCGUGGAAGCUGUGGAAGGUGGGGCAGCCACCCUGCGGUGCCAGCUGGGCGCAGAGGCCCCCGUGGAGUGGAGGAAGGGGCAAACUCUUCUCCGGGCCAGUAACAAGUACAAGAUGAGGCAGGAGGGCACCGUGGCUGAGCUGCUGAUCCACGACCUGGAGCCAAAGGAUGCUGGAGACUACUCUUGUCUAGUGGGGAACCAAAAAACCACAGCAGCCUUGUCAGUGAAUGCACUGCCAGUCCGUUUCAAGCAAGAGCUGAGGAAUGAGGAGGCCACGGAGAGCGGGACAGCGACGCUGCAGUGCGAGCUGAGCCGACCGGGCGGCCCCGUGCACUGGAGGAAGGAUGGGCAAGCGCUGGUCCCAAACGGGAAGUACAGGAUGAGGCAGGAAGGGCGCUUCGUCGAGCUGGUCAUCCAAGACCUGGAGCUGGCGGAUGCUGGGAGCUACACCUGCGUGUGUGGGGAGCAGGAGAGCACGGCUGCUUUGAGAGUGAAUGCCUUGCCUAUCCUCUUCCAAGAAGAAUUGAUGAACAAGGAGGCUACAGAGGGGGAGGCAGUGACUUUGCACUGCAAACUGAGCAAAUCAGCCCCAGUUGAGUGGAAAAAGGGGAAUACGGUGCUCAAGCCGAGUGAAAAGUACAAAAUAGAGCAGGAAGGUCCCUUUGUGGAGCUGACGAUCCAGGAUUUGGAUUUGGCAGACGCUGGGGAUUACAGCUGUGUGUGUGGAGACCGACAGACUACGGCUGCUCUGGCAGUAAAUGUCCUGCCUGCUCUUUUCACCAAGGGACUCACGGACAAAGAAGCCACCGAGGGUAAAAGUGUCUCCCUGCACUGUGAGCUGAACAAGGCUGCUGCUAACGUGGAGUGGAAGAAGGGGUUCAAGACCCUCAAGCCGAGUGACAAAUACAGAAUGAAGAGGGAAGGUGUCGUGGCUGAGCUUAUAGUCCAAAAUCUAGACACGGCGGAUGCUGGGAAUUACUCCUGUGUGUGUGGAGACCAGCAGACCACGGCAGUUCUAACUGUUCAUGCUUUGCCUGCAUUUUUCAAGGAAGGGCUGAAGAACAGGGAAGCCAUGGAUGGUGGAACAGCCACUCUGCACUGCGAGCUGAGCAAGGUCGGCGUCCCGGUGGAGUGGAAAAAAGGGGACAAGGCACUCAAACCAGGUGAAAAGUACAGGAUGAGACAGGAAGGUCCAGCUGCAGAGCUGCUGAUCCGAGAUCUGGAGGUGGAAGAUACAGGAGAAUACACCUGUGUGUGUGGAGAUCAGAAGACCUCGGCUGUCUUGACAGUGCAUGCUCUGCCUGCACUGUUCAAGAGAGAUCUUGUCAAUGUGGAAGGCACAGAAAACAGGACGGCUGUUCUGCAGUGUGAGCUGAGCAAAUCUGCCCCCGUGGAGUGGAGGAGGGGGCAGGAGGUGCUCAGACCUAGUGAGAAAUACAAAAUGAGGCUGAAGGACACCACUGCUGAGCUGACAAUCCACAGCCUGGAGGAAGGAGAUGCAGGAGAUUACACCUGUGUGUGUGGAGACAAGACAACCACUGCCUCCCUGACAGUGCAUGCCCUGCCCGUGCACUUCCAGAAGGAGAUGAGGGAUGAAGAAGCCACAGAAGGUGACACAGCCACUCUGCAGUGUGAGCUGUCCAGGGCUGCACCCGUGGAGUGGAGAAAGAAACACAAAGUGCUCAAGCAGAGUGAAAAAUACACCCUGAGGCAGGAGGGCACCACAGCCCAGCUGCUGAUCCGUGCUCUGGAGGUCAGGGAUGCUGGGGAAUACACCUGUGUGUGUGGAGAGGAGAAGACAACAGCAGCACUGACAGUGCACGCCCUUCCUGCUCUGUUCAAAGAAGAGUUAAGAGAUGAGGAGGCUGAGGAGGGUGAAGCAGUCACUCUGCACUGCGAGCUGACCAAACCUGCCCCAGUGGAGUGGAAGAAGGGACACACAGCCCUCAAACCUAGCGAGAAAUACAGGAUGAGGCAGAAGGAUGUCACUGCCGAGCUGGUGAUCCACAGUGUGACCGAGAGUGAUGCUGGGGAUUACACCUGUGUGUGUGGGGAGCAGCAGAGCACAGCCUCCCUGGCAGUACAUGUGCUGCCUGCAGGCAUCCAGGAGAGCCUGAAGGACGAGGAGGUGACCGAGGGUCAAGCGGCCACUCUGAGGUGUGAGCUGACCAAAGCUGCCCCCGUGGAGUGGAGGAAGGGCAGCACUUUGCUCCAAGCCAGUGACAAGUACAAAAUGAGGCAGGAGGGCACGCUCAGGAAGCUGCUUAUCCAGGAUGUGGAACUGAGGGAUGCUGGAGAGUACACGUGUGUGUGUGGAGAGCAGGAGACAACAGCGACCUUGAUAGUGCAUGCCCUGCCAGCCCUUUUCAAGGAAGACCUGAAGGACCUGCAAGGCACGGAAAGCCAAACAGCCACGCUGCGCUGUGAGCUGAGCAAGGCUGCAGCUGUGGCCUGGAGAAAAGGGAGCAAAAUGCUCAGGGCAAGUGACAAAUACAUCAUGAGGCAGGAGGGUGCCCUGGCAGAGCUGGAAAUCCGUGACCUAGAGCUGCAGGAUGCAGGAGAAUACACCUGUGUGUGUGGGGACCAGCACAGCACGGCCUCUCUGACAGUGAAGGCCCUGCCAGUGCUUUUCAAGGAAGGGCUGAAGGAUGAAGAAGCCCAAGAAGGAGCAUCAGUCACUCUGAGAUGUGAAUUAACCAAAGGAGCUCCCGUGCAGUGGAAAAUAGGGCCCAGAGUGCUCAAAGAAAAUGGCAAAUAUCAAAUGAGACAGGCUGGCACCACUGCAGAGCUGCUCAUUUGUGACCUAGAAGUAGAAGAUGCUGGAGAUUACACUUGUGUGUGUGGUGACCAGAAGACAACAGCAACCUUAACAGUUCAUGCUCUGCCACCACUCUUUAAGGAAGGGCUGCAGGACAAGGAAGCAGAAGAAGGUGGAGAAGUGUCCCUGCUCUGUGAGCUCUCCAAGGCUGCUCCGGUGGAGUGGAGGAAGGACCAGAGGAUCCUCAGACCCAGUGGGAAAUACACAAUGAGGCAGGAGGGGCUCAAGGCAGAGCUGGUGAUCCAUGAAAUAGCUGAGGAGGAUGCAGGAGACUACACCUGUGUGUGUGGAGAGCACCAGACCACAGCUGUCCUGACAGUACAGGCUGUGCCUCCGUUCUUCCAAGAGGAAAUGACCAGCCAGGAAGGGGUAGAGGGUGGAACAGCCACUUUGCACUGCCAGCUGAGCAAGGCCCCUGCCCGUGUGCAGUGGAAGAAGGGCCAGCACGUCCUCACCUCGGGCACCAAGUACAGCAUGAGGCAGGAGGGACGUGCUGUGGAGCUGGUGGUCCAUGGCUUGGACCUGAGUGACAGUGGGGAUUAUUCCUGUGUGUGUGGAGACAAGACCAGCACGGCUGCCCUGACAGUUCAUGUGCUGCCUCCAGAAUUCAAGGGAGAGCUGAAGGACCUGGAAGCUGUGGAAAAUGGCACAGCUGCUCUGCAGUGUGAGCUGACAAAGCCUGCUGAGGUGGAGUGGAAGAAAGGGCAGGAGGUGCUCAAAGAGAGCAGCAAAUAUGAAAUGAGUCAGGACGGUGCUGUUGCAAAGCUGAUUAUCCAUGAGCUGGAGGAGGAGGAUGCUGGAGUUUACACCUGUGUGUGUGGAGAUCAGCAGACAAGUGCCACACUGACAGUCAAUGCCCUGCCAGCCCUUUUUAAACAAGUGCUUCAGGACACCGAGGCAGAAGAAGGCGGCACGGCGACCCUGAGGUGCGAGCUCACCAAACCCAAGGCCCCUGUGGAGUGGAGGAAAGGGGAUGUCACACUCUACCCUGGCCUGAAGUACGAGAUGAGGCAGCAGGGCUGUGCUGCUGAGUUGGUCAUUUAUGACCUGGAGCUGGAGGAUUCAGGGAUUUACAGCUGUGACUGUGGACACCAGCGGACAGCGGCGGCGGUGGCCGUGCAUGCGCUGCCCAUCACGUUUAAGCAACCUUUGCAAAGUAAGGAAUUUGAGGAAGGAAGCACAGCCACGCUCUGCUGUGAGCUGUCGAAACCCAGCGCUGCAGUGGAAUGGAGGAAAGGAGAUGUGGGGCUGCAGCCCAGCCAGAAAUAUGAAAUGAGGCAGAGAGGAUGCCUGGUAGAGCUCUUGAUACACAAUCUCAGAUUAGAAGACACAGGAGAAUACAGCUGUGACACGGGGGAUCAGGAAACCAGGGCCGCUCUGAACGUGAAAGCUCUGCCAGUUCUUUUCCAAAAGCAGCUCAAGGACGAGGAGGCAGAAGAAGGAGCCACGGUGAAAUUCCAGUGUGAGCUGACAAAGGAUAACGCGGCCGUGGAGUGGAGGAAAGGCACCAUGGAGCUCUUCCCGUGUGCCAAAUAUGAAAUUAAAUUAACUGGGCGCACAGCUGAGCUUGUGAUCCACAAUGUAGAGCCAGAGGAUGCCUCUGACUACACUUGUGACACGGGAGACCAGCAGAGCACUGCUGCCCUCAGAGUGAAUGCCACCAAACCCCAGCUGAAGCAGCAGCUGAGGAACGAGGAAGUGGAAGUGGGAGGAACAGCCAGGAUGCGCUGCGAGAUUUCCAUCAGCAAGGCAGAAGUGGAGUGGAGGAAGGAUGGAGUCCUCCUGCACGCCAGCUCCAAGUAUGAGAUGUGGCAGGAUGGGACCCUCCGGGAGCUCCGUGUUCACCGCCUGGAGCCUGGGGAUGCUGGAGAAUAUUCCUGCAGGGUUGGAGACCAGACAAGCUCUGCCAGACUCACUGUGAAAGAGCCUGAUGUGACCAUUGUGAGCGGCCUCAAGGACGCGGUGGUGUCGGAAGGGGACGAUGUCACCUUUCGGUGCCAGGUUUCCCACGAGAACGCCAGGGAUGUGGAAUGGAAGCUGCAGGAUGUGGCCCUGCAGAACAACGAGAUGAACGAGAUCUCAGUGGAAAAGGGGAAGAUCCACACCCUGACCCUGAGGAAGGUGACUGAGCAGGACAUUGGCACUGUCACUUUCCGGGUGGGACCCCACACGUCGACAGCAGAGCUCACGGUGAAAGAACCAGCAGCCACCAUCGUGGAGAGGCUGAAGGACGUUUCCACCUACGAGGGAGAGGACGCGGUGUUCGAGUGCAGGCUGUCCCGGGAAGCAGCUCAGGAUGCCCAGUGGUUCCUGGGGGAUGUUCCCCUGCAAUCCAACGAAAUGAACGAGAUCAGAGUGCAGGGGACACGGCACAGUUUGGUCUUGAGGAAGGUGACCCUGGAAGACUGUGGGUCCAUCAGUUUCAAAGUGGGGGAGCUGUCGUCAGCAGCACAGCUGAAGGUGGAAGCCAAGAACAGCAUUGUCCAGGGCUUGGAGAACGUGGAGGCCGUGGAAGGAGGGGAAGCCCUGUUCGAGUGUUACCUCUCCAAGCCUGAGACCUACAAUUACAACUGGCUCAUUGAUGAUGAACCUGCCAAAACCACAGAAAACACCGAGAUGGUUUACUUCGAAAAUGGGCUCAGGCAUAUCCUGCUGCUGAAGAAUUUAACUCCCCAGGACAGCUGCAGGGUGACUUUCAUGUGCAGUGAUGCGGUGACCUCAGCCUUCCUCACAGUGAAAGGGUGGCGCCUGCAGUUCUUGCAGCCCCUCAAGGAUGUGGAAGUGCCUCUGGGGGAAAAAGCAACAUUCAGCUGUGUCCUGAGUGAAGCUGUGCCAGUGAAUGAGGUGGCCUGGUACAGCAAUGGCACAGAGAUCCAGUCGGGUGAGGACUGGGAGGUGCAAGCAGAUGGAAACAAAUACAAACUUACUCUGAAAAAAGCCCAACUGCAUCACUCUGGAGAGGUGACCUUUGCUUCCAGGGAGGCCAUUUCAUCAGCCAAGCUGUCUGUGAUAGCCCUCCCCGAGCCACCCGAAGAGCCACAAGUCCUCAGUCAGAGCGGCCACUCCGUCACCCUGUCCUGGCACGAGCCGCCGGGCGAGGGCGGCCGGGACGUCCUGGGCUACAAGGUGGAGAGGAAGAUCCCGGGUGUUGGCUGGCAGUCCUGCAGCGAGGAACUGAUCCAGACCACGGAGCUCACGGUGCACGGCCUGGCCCCGGGGGAGCCCCACAGGUUCCGGGUGUCGGCCGUGAACAGAGCCGGGGCCGGCGAGGCAGUGCACUUCCCCCAGAUGGUGCGGCUAGGUGAGGAUGGACACAGCCCCAGGGAGGGCUGCAAGCUCCUGCAGACCCCCAUCUUGCAUGGCAUGCCUGCUUCACCCAUUCCAGGCAUCUCCCAGUGCAACAUCUUUCAGUGCUUGGCAGCCAGCACAAUAGAGGAGGAAGAGCUUGGGAUGAAGGAGUCGUUCUGGGCUGCUGUGAACAAAACCUGCUGCAUUUUUAGCACUCGGCACUGGUUUCCUCCAAGCUGCAUCCAGCUGUCUUGCAGCCUGCACUGCAUCAUCCAUGUGCUGGCCCCUCUCCAUGGGUUUCUUGCACUGCAUCAUCCACGUACUGGCCCCUCUCCAUGGGUUUCUUGCACUGCAUCAUCCAUGUCCUGGCCCCUCUCCAUGGGUUUCUUGCACUGCAUCAUCCACGUGCUGGCCCCUCUCCAUGGGUUUCUUGCACUGCAUCAUCCAUGUGCUGGCCCCUCUCCAUGGGUUUCUUGCACUGCAUCAUCCAUGUGCUGGUCCCUCUCCAUGGGUUUCUUGCACUGCAUCAUCCGUGUGCUGGUCCCUCUCCAUGGGUUUCUUGCACUGCAUCAUCCACGUGCUGGCCCCUCUCCAUGGGUUUCUUGCACUGCAUCAUCCAUGUGCUGGCCCCUCUCCAUGGGUUUCUUGCACUGCAUCAUCCAUGUGCUGGCCCCUCUCCAUGGGUUUCUUGCACUGCAUCAUCCGUGUGCUGGCCCCUCUCCAUGGGUUUCUUGCACUGCAUCAUCCAUGUGCUGGCCCCUCUCCAUGGGUUUCUUGCACUGCAUCAUCCAUGUGCUGGCCCCUCACCAUGGGUUUCUUGCACUGCACCCAUGGCUGGUCACCAUGAGUGUCUUUUCUGGUGGAAAUCCCUGCAAAGAAAUGCUGGAGGAUGCAGUUCUUUUGCUGUCUGAUGAACCUCCAGUUACAGUCACACAGCCUUUGGUGGGAGGAUCUGUCUCGGAAGGAGGUGUGGCUCGCCUGGAGUGCACAUUGUCAAGUAAAACUGAGGAGAAAGUGACUUGGUUCAAGGGCAAAGAACAAAUAAAAGCUGGAGGGAGGUACGAGAUCCUUUCUGAUGGAGCUAAGCAGAUCCUCAUUAUCCGUGGAUUUAAACCUGAGGAUCAGGACAGCUACACCUGCGGCUUCUCCAGAAGUCAAAUCUGUUGCCAGCCUGUGUCUCGAAGGUACAAAGUGUGCAUUGCUGGGGAGCUGGUGGAUGGGCACACCCAGCCCAGCCUGCCCCCCGAAGCUGCCCAGGAGGGAGAUCUUCACCUCCUCUGGGAAGCCCUGGCCAAGAAACGCCGCAUGAGCCGGGAGCCCACCUUGGAUUCCAUCAGCGAGGUGCCCGAGGAAGAUGAGAAGCUUCAGAAGCUGAGGAAGGAGGAAGCAGAGAUGUCUCACUAUUACUCAGAGGAGUACUCCACGUGUGACGAGCUGGCCAGGACAGGAGAGGCAGAUUUCUCUUUCACGAGCUCUGAUGAUGAGUCGAGAGCUGGGACUCCUUCCCUAGUAAACUACCUCAAGAAAGCUGGGAAGAAGACCAUCAGUGUGACCAGCAAGGCUCAGUCCUCCUCCACAGGAAAAUUAUGGAAACAGUGGGAGACAUCCACUGUGGAGACCACAGCAGCCACCACAACUGCUCAGCCAGCUGAACCAGAGCUGCCAGAUUUAGACGACCCCUCCAUGAACAAGGCGGCCGUGAAGAUCCAAGCUGCCUUCAAAGGCUACAAAGUCAGGAAAGAGAUCAAGCAACAGGAGUGCCCGGUGUUCACGGAGACCUUCAAAGACUUCUCCGGGGAGCCUGGGAGCACCCUGCACCUGGAGUGCGUGGCGCAGAGCAAAAGCGACAUGAGCGUGUGCUGGCUGAAGGACGGCAAGGAGCUCUCGGACGGGCGCUACUACCACAUAGACAACUACAGCGACGGCACCUGCUCCCUGAUCAUCGCCGGCCUGGACAGGAAGGACGCGGGCAAAUACACCUGCCAGGUGUCCAAUAAGUUUGGCAAGGUCUCCCACAGCGCUGAGGUGGUGGUGGGGACUCAGGAACCUCCGGUUCUUCCCAAGGAGAAGCGGAGUAAGCAGAGCACUGACAGCGAGACUGAGAGCUCAUCCGGCAGCGAGCUGGAUGAUGCUUUCAGAAAAGCAGGAAGGAGACUCCACAGACUAUUCCGGGCCAAGAUCUCCACGGAGAUCUCUGAUGUGGAGGAGGAGCUCUUUGUCAGCGCUGAUGAAGGGGAUGUAGAGGUGGUUGACCACCAGACGUACCGUGAGGACGACCAGUACAUCUACAUCAAGUUUGAAGUCAUGUCUGAGGCCAAAACAGCUGUCACGAGGUUCAGGGAGAUGUUUGGUGCUCUGGGAAUUCCUGUGGAGAUCAACAUCCUGGAACAAGGCCCGAAAAAAAUCGAAUUGCGCAUUGGGAAGGCAUCACCUCCCACCUUUGGGAAGUUUGCACUUCCAGCAGCGAGACCUCCACCACCUUUGCUGACUUCUGACACAGCCCCCAUGUUCAUGACCGAGCUCCAAAACCAAGAGGUGCAGGAUGGGUACCCAGUGAGCUUCGACUGCGUCGUCGUCGGCAAACCCCUGCCCACGGUCCGCUGGUUCAAGGACGGCAAAGCUCUCGAGGAGAACGACCACUACAUGAUCAACGAGGACCAGGAGGGCUGCCACCAGCUGAUCAUCACCGCCGUGGUCCCCACGGACAUGGGCGUCUACCGCUGCCUCGCUGAGAACAGCAUGGGCGUGGCUUCCACCAAGGCUGAGCUUCGUGUGGACUUGACCAGCACGGACUAUGAGACAGCAGCAGAUGCAACAGAGACAUCCUCUUACUACAGUGCCAAGGAAUAUAUUUCAAGCCGAGAACAGGAGGAAUCCACCACUGAGGAGGAGCAGUUGCCCCAGAUCUUUGAUGAGCUUCAUGAUAUUCAUGUGGCACCUGGAGCAUCACUGGCUAAAUUUCACCUGAAGGUGAAAGGGUACCCUCAGCCUCGUCUCUAUUGGUUCAAAAAUGGGCAGCCCCUGAAGGCCUCGGAUCGAAUCCUCAAGACUGACAGGCAGGAAUUCCACUCCCUGGAAAUCCGAGAUGUCACCAAGGCAGACGCCGGCCAGUACUUGAUAUUUGUCAUCAACUCUGCUGGCUCUGCGUAUUCCUCAGCCAGGCUGGUAGUCAAAGAUCCUUAUGAGAAAGAAGAGCCAUCCAAAACAGAUUCCCAUGAGCAGCUGAUACCACCAAGGUUCCUUGAAAGAUUUACAAAUAAGAAGGUGAAAAAGGGUGCAAGCAUCACAUUAUCUGUGAAAGUUGAAGGACAUCCACCGCCAACAAUCACUUGGAUGAAAGAGGAGUCUCGGGAAGACAUCCUGUGGAUCAAACCAGACACUCCUGGCUAUAAACUGGCCAGUUCCAACAUGCACCACAGCCUGAUCCUGCUGGAUGUCAAGAAGAAGUACAGUGGAGCUUACACCUGCAUUGCCACCAACAAGGCUGGCCAGUCCAUCUGCACCGCCAACCUGGAAGUUGCAGAUGUGAAAGAGGCAGAAGUCCUGACCCAGGAGCGUGUGAUGGUGUCAGAAGCCAUCAUGACCACGCUGGGAACUAUUCAGUCCUCUGAAGGAGAUCUUGAAGCUGGCAGAGAAGGUGUGCCCAAAAGCCCUAUUUCACUAGCUGAUGUUGGCUCAGAAGAGUUCUUCCAGAAACUCACCUCACGUAUCUCAGAAAUGGUAUCUGCAAAAAUAACUCAGGCUAAACUUCGAGUACCGGGUGCAGAAAGUGAUGAUGAGUCAAGAACUCCCUCUGCAUCUCCUCGCCACGGACGAUCCAGACCUUCCUCCAUUGCCCAGGAAUCCUCCUCUGAAUCUGAAGAUGGGGAUUCCAGAGGGGAGAUCUUUGAUGUCUACAUGGUCACUGCUGACUACGUGCCCACGGCGCCGGACAAGGAGACCAUCACCCUGAAGGAAGGACAAUAUGUGGAAGUCCUGGAUUCAGCUCAUCCUCUGAAAUGGCUGGUCAGGACUAAACCCACGAAAUCCAGUCCCUCUCGACAGGGUUGGGUGUCUCCAGCUUAUCUGGACAAGAAAUUAAAGCUGUCACCAGAGUGGGGAACAAUGGAAAUUCCAGAGUUUCCUGGAGAGUUUGUUUCCGAAGAUGAAUACAAAAGGAAGCUAAGUGUUCUCAUUCAGGAGCUGUUGAUCUCAGAGGAAGAUUACAUUCAAGAUUUACAGUUCCUCCAGACUCAUCACCUUAGGUACACUGAGACCUGUCCCACUGUGCCAGGAGCUGUUGCCAGUCAGAAAUCCACCAUCUUCAGGAAUAUUGAUGACAUUGGUCGCUUCCAUUCCAGCGUCUUCCUCCGGAGCUUGCAGAGCUGUGACACCGACGAUGACGUGGCCAUGUGCUUCAUCAAGCACGAGGCAGAGUUCAACAGGUACAUCCAGUACCUGGUGGGAAGGGUCCAGGCUGAGUCAAUUGUUGUCAGCAAAGCUGUCCAGGAUUUCUACAAGAGAUACACAGAUGAAUUUGUAACUAAUGAAGAUCCCUCACAGCCACUUAUCCCACCACUGCAGCACUACCUGGAAAAGCCCAUAAACAGGAUCCAGCAGUACCAGACAAUAAUUAAGGAAUUAAUCCGAAACAAAGCCAGAAACAGCCAGAACUGCACCCUGCUGGAGCAGGCCUAUGCCAUUGUGUCUGCCCUCACCCGAAGAGCAGAGAACAACCUCCACGUCUCCCUCAUUGAGAAUUAUCCAGGGACCUUGGAGAGCCUUGGGGAGCCCAUCCGGCAGGGCCACUUCAUUGUGUGGGAAGGAGCACCAGGAGCAAGAAUGGCAUGGAAAGGACACAAAAGACAUGUUUUCCUCUUCAAAAAUUAUAUUGUGAUCUGCAAGCCAAAGCGAGACACAAAGACAGACACCUACAGCUACAUCUUCAAGAACAUCAUGAAGCUGAACAACAUCGAUGUGAAUGACCUGGUGGAAGGGGACGACCGCGCCUUUGAGAUCUGGCACGAGCGGGAGGACCUGGUGCGCAAGUACCUGCUGCAGGCACGGACUGUGAACAUCAAAAACUCCUGGGUGAAGGAGAUCCUGGGCAUCCAGCAGAGGAUCAGCGAGCCCGUCUGGAUCCCUCCAGACUUUGAGGAAGAGCUGGCAGACUGCACAGCUGAGCUGGGAGAGACAGUCAAGCUGGCCUGCAAGGUGACAGGAGCUCCCAAGCCAUCCGUCAGCUGGUACAAAGAUGGAAAGCCCGUGGAUGUGGAUCCCCAUCACAUUAUAAUAGAAGAUCCUGAUGGUUCCUGCACGCUGAUCUUGGACAACCUGACAGGGGCUGACACAGGACAGUACAUGUGCUUUGCCUCCAGUCCUGCUGGGAAUGCCAGUACCCUGGGAAAGAUCCUUGUUCAAGUGCCCCCACGGUUUGUGAACAAGGUCAGAAAUGCUUAUCUUGUCGAGGGUGAGGAUGUCCAGUUCACCUGCACAGUGGAAGGAGCACCCAGGCCUCAGAUCAGAUGGUACAAAGAUGGGGUGCUGCUGAAGGACACCAGCAAAUACCAGAUUUUCAGUGAACCACGGAGUGGCAUCGCAGUCCUGGUGGUCAAGAACCCUUCCAAUGAAGACAUGGGGCACUACGAAUGUGAGAGUAAUUUUUUGGAAAAAGACCAUAAACUCCACCGAGCAGCAGUGUGUCCCUUCAAACUCCAGCUUGGGGCCACACCUUCAGCUGUUUCUGUCAGCAUUGAAUUUCCUAUGAUAGCACAGGCAGUGUUUUACUGUGACAAAAAAAAAAAAAAAAACAAAAAACCAAACCAUCCUGUGUUUCAUUUGGCACUGCACAAUUCUCCUCAGCUGGUGAACAGAUUAGGGUCUGCCAAAAGUGGAGCAGAGCUUUACCACCACAGCGCCGCUGCCCUGACCCAGGAGAGGAGAGGAGACCAAGCCAUCACCAUUGAAGUCACUGAACAAGAGACUAAAGUGCCCAAGAAAACCAUCAUCAUAGAGGAGACCAUAACCACGGUGGUGAAGAGCCCAAGACAAAGGGGAAGGGUUUCUCCUGCACGUUCUCCUUCAGGUCACUCUCCUUCCCGCUCCUCACGGGCGGAGCCGGCUCCGGAGCCGGUUUAUGUGUCCAAGAUCAGGCAGCCUGUCCACAGACACGAGCAGGAGGCAGCACCCAAGUCUGCUGCUGUUCCCAGGCUUUAUGUCACAGAACACGAGGAGAUGCAAGGGGCAGCGGCGAGAGACGUCGUUGUGGAGAGAACAGUGGAAGAAAAGAAGCCCAAGUGGGUCGAAGUGGAAGAAAUAAUUGAGUUCAAGGUGAAAAAAUCACCAAAGCCCACAAGGAAAAGAGGUUCUUCCCCAGCAAAACAAGAAAAAGAUGACCCAGGGGUGUUAACGUUCACAUUUCCCAGCUCAAGGCCGAAGCACUCGCCAGAAGAUGACCCAAACACAAACAACUCCAACAAUAAAUUGGUGGAACAGUCAAAAUCUCUGCCCAAUGAGGGUCUCUCUGAAAGUGACAUCCAGCCUCUGGUGUAUACGACCGAGCAGGAAGGACCUCAAGUCAGCGGCGAAGAGAGAAACUCCCCGUGUGGGUCCGAACAAUUAGGAAGUGAUUCAUUCACGGAUUGUGGAACUGAAGGAAGGAGCUGCCCACAGGAACCCCGCGCUGACUGCGGGUCAGACGCCGCCUCCCCUCUGCUUGCCUGCGGGGGUGAACCUUUGGUUUUCAGUUUUGGGACAGCUGCCGGACACCCACACGAAGUUCUUUUCUCCCCGGUGAGUCCAGAGGAUAAGGAAGGGGUCGAUGAAGUGGAUGUGUCUUGGCCUGUUGGAGAGGAGGUGCCUGAGGUAAUACAGGACAUCCCAUCCGAAGAGGACAGCGCCAUAGUGGAUGAGCCAGAGGAGCUGCACACGGAUGACAUCAGCACCCGGGACCGCAAGAUUUUAACCCACAAUGGCAAACUCCUCACUCUGGAGGACCUGGAGGAUUACAUCCCUCAAGAAGGCGAGACCUACAGGUGCGAGGAUCAGAAGCACGCGGCAGAGAAGCCCUGCGAGAUCUCCGUGCUGCAGACGGAGAUCAACGAGCCGACCAUCGGCAAGCCGGUGCUGCUGAACCUGGUCCGGCCCGUGGUGCCCCAGCCAGGGCAGAGGUUCUUCAGCCGGUACGAGGAGCACGUCCCCAGGGGCGUGUUCGUGUCAGCCUCCAGGGUGGCCGGCGUGCAGCCCACGGGCCCCUCCAGCAUCUCCUUCCGCGUGAGCGGCGAUCGCCGCGCGGCUCCUCCCGGCCCGUCCUUCACGGCGAAGCCCUCGUUCUGCACCGAGGUGCAGCGCUCCGCUGACAGCGGGCACUCCAGCUUCAAAACAGAGGUGUCCACCAGGACCCUCAGCUACGGGACUGUUGGCGAGCCUGUCACCUUGCACAUCAGCACGGAAGACCUCUCCCAGAGCUGAGCAGACACCAGCGUAAUUUUUAACACCGAAGAAAGCAGCUUCGUUAAAAAAAAAAAAUAAAAAUAGUAAUCAAAAUUGUUGUAGGCGAGGGGAGUUGGUGGCAAAGAUUACAAGGUAACAAGGGAAUACCUUAGAGGGAAGUGUAUUUAAAUAUGAUGUGUCAAGCUUUUCCAGUCUUAAAGGGAACAGUCUGUCAGAACAGUUUGUAACUUAAGAAGCUUUGAUCUAGGUGAACAUGUAUCAUUCCAUAGCAGAGCAGGGAUGGGAGGUUUAGGAAAAGCCUGAUUCUUCUACCUAUGACAGAAAUGUAGAUGAAGAAGUGUGGUUUUUGUCCAUGAACUUAAUAAUUGUUUCAUGUGCCAGUUUAUGGGGUGGCAAGGAGGUGAAAGUAUCUAAGCUUUUCAGCAUUCUUCAGUAGCCCAGGACAGGGGGUGUCUCCUGUGUGGGCCCAAAGGUCAUGAAGCUUCACUCUGCUUUGACUCUGCUCUACAUCUGUGACACCAAUUAGCUCUACCAAAAUUUCCUCAUAAACCUUUCAACGUGCACAGUCUGGUUGCAUUAUUUUAACCUUCUGCCAUAUAAUGAGAUAUAUAUAUAUUAAAUAUUACAUGUACCAGGGAUUCAAAGGGCUGCUCAGGCCUUUUGGUUGAAAUCCCAGUUUGACUCCAGUCAGUGGUGAGAGUCCCACUGUCGUGAGAAAGCAAGAGUUUUGAUGUUGUCUUCUGCUUUUAAGUGAAAAAGACUAUCUUUUCUAAAUGACUGAUAUUUUCAAAUCCGCUCCUAGUUGUAUGAUAAUGUAGGUUUCAUUAUUCUGCAUUCUAGUGUGGUGGAUUUAUAAACCAUAUCUUUGGAAAUAUAAUUUAGUUAACAUGCAGUGAAAGAAUAAAGUGCUGCACAAAAUAAUUUCUGCAUCUGCAAUCAAACAUUAACAGGUACAAAGAACCACAAAUGUGGUCUUUGCCAAUAAAUAUGACUGGAUGAGUGUUUGUUCUCCUGAAUGAAUGUGCCAGUGGUGCAACAUUCCUGCUAACAGAUUGAUCCAUGAUGUCCUUUGUAUGUGAUAAGAGGAAUUUACCACUGAGCUACAGCAAAGUGGCAGGAGCACAAAAAAAAUUAAAAAAAAAAAAGGAAAAAAAGCGCUUUACCAUAAUUAUUCAGUUGAAACAUAGAUCUGUUCCAAAUGUAUUGGGCUGCCAGUUGCAAUUGCAUCGUAUUACUGUAACCAGGAAGGUCGAGAUGCCUUGAGGAGGAACUGACUGGGGAGUUCCUCUGGAGCUUUGCAGAGGGAAUGCUGCGUGAGGGGGAGGCUGAGGUGCACUGAGCACAGCCCAUCCCUGUUGGCUUCGCCAAAAAUUCAUCUUGCCCAGACCUCCAACAAGCUGCUCUGAAAAGAGAUGAGCUCCCAGCCCCAAAGCUGGGGGCCAGCUGGAGUCAGAUGGAGCUCACUGAUCUCAGCAGGACCCUGCACUGGCCCUCCCUGGUGACAGAUGUGGGGUGAAAAGUCCCCAUUCCCCAUCCCAGUUGAGGUCUGUAGAAAUGUUCAGUAGAGACUGUUUUGAUUUAUGGGUUAGGGAAGCCAGAGAGGUUCAUACACUAAAUUUCUAAGCAGUGUGAGGAGAGAGGGUGGAGUGAGUUUCUGCCUUGGGAACGAAUGGGUGAUGUUGGCUCAGUGUUUCCCAGGCAGGUGAUAUUGAGGAGCUUGUUAUGGAGUUUUGGGGCAAUAUUCCUGCCAACAGGGACUGAAUUCACCAAAGGUGCUUGUAGAAAAGUUAUUUUUUUUUCCUUCUGCAGCUGCACCUUGUGCUGACUAAAAUGAACAUAUUAAUUUCACAGCCUUUCACUUUCAACAUCCACUCAGGAUGUCAUGUGCACUACCUUCAUGAUAUAGGAUGCUUUUCCAGUGGUGAAGGAAAUCAAGCUUCCUUUAUGGUACUAUCCCAUUUUUUAUAACAUCUCCUUGGUUUAUACUGCUUGUUUUAUAAUGAAGCAAUACGAUGGAUAUAUAUAUUAGUGCUUUUUUCAUAUAGUGCACUGUACAUUGGAAAGUAACAGACACACAGCAGGGAAAUGCUUUCAAAGCUAAAAAUAUUUCUUUUAUUUUGAGCCUGAUUCUGGUCACAGUUAUUCCAGUGUCAAUCUAGAAUAAUUCCACAGAAAGAAGUGGAUUUGAUUCAGAUUUACAAAGAUACUGCUGAGAAAAGAAUUUGCCCUGUGAUAGCCUUCAAAAAAUGUAAUAUUCAAACAAAGGAUAAUGAGGAUGUGUAAAGGAACGUGGAGGUUUCCUCCUGUUGUGGUCGACACUCAGGUUUUUCUAAAGAAGAUCCAAGGCUGCACUUCAGAUGGUCAUAGAAGAAAUAAUUAUACUUUGAUUCAUUAGCUCAAAGCAAUUAACAUCUGUUUACAUUUUGUUUUGAAAUUUAAGCAAAAGAGAAUCAAUUGAAGGGAAUUUUUUAAAUCCUAUGCAGGGCUCCGUUCAAAAAGUGAAAGGUUUAUGACAAGUUCCUUACAUAUACUUUCAAAAUAUUUUCCUAGAGGUUAAAAAUUAUGCUUGUAAGUGAUUAAACUGUGUAGAUAACUAAUGAGAUGUGUGGGGAUUUAUUUCCUGUAGAUGAAAAGAUACAGCUGUAUGAAAGAUUUUAAUGCAACGAAUGUUUUACUGAAAUUCCUGGAGGUAAAUGGGUAUUAAUAAAAUGGAAACUUCAGUUUGCUUGAGAUACAAAAAGAGAAAAAAAAAAAACCCACACAAAAAAAGUCAAGUGCAAGAUAUGCUGUUAGAUGCUGAGUUUAAAUUAAUAAAUGUCUUGCAUCAGCUGUCACUGAACUCGUUGGGUUUGUGUUCUUUGUUACAGCACUUGAUAUUCCAUCAGCUCAUCCUCUUG